ACCAUGGGAACCCCCAGUGACAAGGUGUCUCUCCUCUCACGGCUGCUCGUGCUCAUGCUGUGUGUCGUCUUUUCUCUCUGUCAGGAUGAAUACUCCGGAUACCACUCAGGUGAGGACCACACCUAUGAAGGCUCUGUGGUCGACCACUAUGACAACUUAGCCCCUCCUCAACCAGAGUAUCCGCCCGAGCCGGCUCACAGAUACGACGAGGAUGAGGGGUCCGAGGAAGGGGACUACGACGCCUACAGUCCCGUCCCCACCGAGGUCACCAUGAUCACUGAGGAUGCCGUACCCUACGCCACCACCACCGAGUCCCACUAUGCCAAGGAGGACACAGAGACCAUGCAGGUGCCAUAUGAGUACCCUCCAGCAGCACCGGACACUGACUCAUCUGAGGAGUCUGGGGGUGCACAUUCAGCACUUGGGGAGGAGGGGCCUACGGAGUGCGACUGCAAACCCGGAGAACCCGGAUUUGCAGGCUUCGCAGGACCAAAGGGAUCCAGAGGCCUGCAAGGUAGACCGGGUGAGCCAGGAACUCAAGGCAGAGAGGGUUAUAAAGGAACCAAAGGUGUUCAGGGAAGAAGCGGAGACACCGGGCCAAUGGGCGACGUCGGGCCUGAAGGAGAAGAGGGAGCUUCUGGUUUCUCUGGAGCCAUGGGAGAACCUGGACUUCUAGGAGACCCAGGUGAGAGCGGAGACCUGGGUCUGAAGGGCGACAUCGGUAUGGAGGGACCCAUCGGAGGAGUCGGAGCUCCUGGUGAGACUGGCCCUCGUGGCGACGCUGGGCCUCCGGGAACAGAUGGAGGUACAGGUAUCAAGGGGUCUCGUGGCAAUGAAGGCCAAGAGGGUUCACAGGGACAGGAUGGACAGAAGGGUCAGAUCGGAGCACCCGGGUUUCCCGGUGACGUCGGCGAGAGAGGCUACACUGGUUAUCCUGGACAGCCAGGUGGCUUUGGACCCAGUGGACCAAAGGGCACUCAAGGUUACGACGGCCAGUCGGGCAAUGACGGUGACCCCGGAGAAGAUGGUCCUAUAGGAGUCCCAGGGGUGGAGGGAGAGCCUGGACUGUUUGGUGUCAAGGGCAGUAAAGGGGAUCUUGGUGUGAUGGGUCCUCGCGGCAGAGUGGGCGCUGUGGGGUCUGAAGGAGAGCAAGGAGAUGCCGGAGUACCAGGGAAGCCUGGACUGAAGGGCCUGCAGGGCCACAAAGGGGCCAAAGGUGAGACGGGACCUGAUGGUGAGAAGGGUACAGCAGGCAAGAAGGGCAUUGAAGGGGGAAGAGGAGAAGAGGGAGGCGUGGGUGGCCGUGGAGACAAAGGACAGCGUGGACCGAAAGGUGGGGUCGGUCUCAACGGUGUCUCCGGCCCUGUGGGCCCACCCGGCAUCCCAGGAACCAGGGGAGAGCGCGGCCCGAUCGGCGACCCAGGUGUCAAAGGCCAAGCGGGACCUAAAGGAGUCCGAGGUCCUUUUGGUCCUGGUCUGACUGAUGAGCAGGUCCUGCAGCUCUGCAGAGGUGUGGUGACGGCCCAGAUCUCCCAGUACGCCGCCUCCAUCCGCGCCAAGUGCUCCCAGGGCUGCCCCAUCAACAACCGGACACUCAUCGGGCCCCCGGGGGACCGAGGGCAAACAGGACCACCAGGCAAACCUGGUAAAGCAGGAAAAGCUGGAGUGAAAGGAGCCAGAGGUGUUCAAGGCGACAGAGGACUGGAGGGACAGAAAGGAGCGCAGGGCGACAGAGGUCAGAAGGGAUCUAAAGGCGUGGCAGGUGACCCCGGUACAGGCCUGCUGGGACCCGAUGGACCGCAAGGCCUCAGAGGUUUGCCGGGUCACCCAGCAGAGCCUAAAAACGGUAUGGAGGGUCCCCGUGGUCCCCGUGGCUACCCUGGUGCGGUGGGUCCACGGGGUAUGGUCGGGAUCGCAGGCGUGCCGGGAUUUUGCGAGGCGCGGGACUGCAGCAUUCAUGCGCCGGUGAUGCGCAAGGAGCAGGGUCUGGUGAAAGGACCUGUCAGUUCAAAAAUCUGAACCUGAUCGCGAGCGACAAAGACCACCGCUAGAGGGUCUGAGAUUCACCAGGUGGCAACUUCAAGGUUCAUCUUCAGUGAUAUUCCAGCUGACAAUAGAACUGGGUUUAACUUUUUAAAAAAAUCUUUAUAUGUUUAUGGCAAAGGUUUUAAGAGGCUGUGUCUGAUUCUAUCACAACACUGACUCCUGAAAAUGUCAGCGAGCCAAGUAUACUACCAUGGGGCGCUCCGCUGAGAAAUGCCCCACUCUGUGCAGGAAUCGGACCAGCAAGGACUUCUCCAUCCGGGCCGGACAAAGCUUCGAGUGAACAUUCAACAUUGUAGAGGUUUAUACUUCGUAAAUAUCUGAACUCUGCUACAGUUUUUACUGGGAACAAUUUGGUCGAAUGUGUUGUAAUUUGAUAAAAACAAAGAGUAAAUGAUUCUUCACUGAAUCCGUCCUUUGGUUUAGUUUUUGUUUUCUCUGAUACCCCAAAUCACUAUAAAAAUAAACAAAAAUAAAAGAUGCAAUGUAAAUAUUUUGUAAAGUAUCUAAAAUACAUGU